AUGUUCAUCUAUCGGAUCAAAACUUUUGUCUUUCUUAUGACCCUCUUCUGUGGCAGUUGUAAAGCUGAGAGCAACGGAUUGCCAUUUCCUGCGCGAAAAGUCGCUGGCAUAACAGUCGUCAAUACGCCAAUUGUUCAAGAUGCUGAAGCAUUUGCGUUGAAGCAUAGUACCUACCCCAUCUACAAGCACGUCAUGCGGUCGUGGCUCUACGGAGUCCUCAUGAUCAAUGCCAACGAAACCCUCAGCGAUAGUGUCGACCUCGAAGUUCACGCUGUCGCUACCCUCUUGCACGACCUUGGCUGGGACACGACAGAAGCGUCGCCCAUCAUCAGCGCUGAUCGUCGGUUCGAAGUCGACGGGGCUUUCGCAGCACGCGACUUCAUACAAGAGCACCACCAUGGAAAGUUUUGGCAUGAGAGGAAUGUCCAGCUCGUGUGGGAUGCGAUCGCGCUUCAUACAGAAAGGUCUAUAUCAUAUUUCAAGGAACUUGAUGUGCAGGUUGUAUCGAAGGGCAUUGCAAUGGACUUUUCGGGACCGGCUUAUGGCGUCUCGGAGGAGAAGUAUUCUGCAAUUGCCAAAGCUUUUCCGAAAAGUGAUCUCAAAGACAGUGUCAAUGACACUAUCAUCUGGCUUUGCGACACGAAGCCUCAAACGACAUAUGACACUUGGAUGCAACCUUUUGGGGAGAGAUACGUUGAAAAAUAUGACCCGACGGGCAAACAGAGAAUUGAUUUGAUCUUCCAGAAUCUUACGACUGGGAAUAAUUAG